AAUAAUUAAACUAAGGAGAGGUAUCCAUUUCCAGACCUUCAAAGUUCAAAUUUAUAUAUCACUUUUAAAAGGGGAUAAAGUUUUAAUAGUGUAUUAUCUUAGUGGAUGGGAGGAAAAAUCAUUUCCUUUUCGGACUACUCUCCCUUUAGUCUUCAGUCUGCAACCUUUAAUCGCUCUCAAACAGAGAUAUCCCCAUUACUGUUGCUGCUUCGGUUUCUCAUAGAUCAACUUCGGUUGAUAGACUAAGAAUAUUAGAUCUGUGAUGGUCAAAAUUCCUCACGUUGAGUUGGAUCUAUAUAAAGCUCUCCCCACGACUCUUGCUGCUUCAGUUUCGAUCUCAUCAGCUUAGUCAAGUCAACGAAGACAAGCCUCACUGAUUUUAUAACCUUUACCCUCUCCUUGGUCACUGAGAUCACCCCACAACUCUUGCUGCCGCUUCAGUUUCUCACAGAUUAGCUUUAGAUGGAGGAACGAAAAUGGGAGGCGUUAAACAUGGAUAUUUUAGUGAAUGUGUUUGGAAGAGUGGGAAUGGAGUCGUUGUUGUUGGAUGUUCCCUUUGUAUGCAAGCCUUGGUAUAAAGCGAGCCGCGAACCUCAGUGCUGGGAGGAUCUUAUUUUUCCUGAAUACAUCAAACCUGACGAUAUAUGGGGAGAAGACAGCCCCGACAGGGGCUUUUCAGAGAGGUUAGUGACUACAUAUCAAGAAAACUUGUCUGUCACUGCAUUCAUGAGGUUCAUAGUUAACCGUAGCUGUGGAUGUGCCACAAUCAUCAAACUCCCCAAAGACUGCACCGAGGAGGCACUGGAGUAUAUUGCAAACGAGUGUCCCAGAUUAAAGGCUUUGGAUGUGGUUUUUAAUAAUUUUUCUAUGGAAGAUAUUAUUCCAAAACUAAGCAAGUGGAAAAGCUUGGAACUGAUGAGACUAGGGAAAUUUCAUGUAGGGCUAUUUCACAUGAAAUCUGUCCUACCACAGAUCGGUCUUCACUGCAACAACUUCAUUUGGCUAUCAGCUCCACAUGCCUCCAUUGAGAAAGAUGAAGCAUCGGCCAUUGUGGCCUCACUGCCAAGACUCAAGUACUUGGAUCUACAUUACUCAUUUUUUGAGAAGGAAGCUCUAGUGAUGAUAUUGCAGGGCUGCAAAAAGCUUGUUCAUUUAGACGUCAGGAAGUGCUUUGGUUUUUGUGAUGAUGAUGCCGAGAUAUUGGAGCUUGCUUCACAUAUUCCUGUAUUCAUGUGUGAAGGGUCGGGCAUAAUACCUGAGAUAGGAACCAGUUAUCUGCGUGACCGCAGGCUUGACCAUGAGCUAUACUGCGAUCAAAUUAAUCACGAUGACUGUGUUUAUGAUUUAUUCGAUUAUGAUGAUUUGUUUGACGGUUUGUGAUUUCAGUUGAGGUUCAGGUGGGCUUGUUAAUAAGCUAAAGCGCUAUGAAAAACUCGCUUGCGUGCCUCUUUAUGUAAUGUAAGACAAAUUAUUAGUGACUCUGAAGAGUUAAUGCUGCUCUACCUAGACUGCAAAAUAUGCUAAUAUUGUUCGACUUUUGUGUAAUGUCUUUAUAAAUAUUGCUUUCAACUAAACAUAUAAUUAUAUUUGACUUUUGGCUUC